UGAAAAUAAAAAAAAGAGCAAAAAGAAAUAUAUAUUUUCUAUCCCCACUCUCACUGAAGGCGCGUGUAUGCAUUCCCCGACUCUCUUCCCGGUUCCUUCCCACCCACACUCUCUUUCUCUCCCUUACAAACAAGCCCCCAUUAUUUCGUCUUCCCUAACAUGCACCACCACCACCACCUUCUCUGCGCCGCCAUGCCCUCCCCCACCACCUCCUCCUCUACCUCCGGUACUGCCACUUCCAAUUCCAAACUAUGCAAACACUCCCCCUCCGCCACCCUUGACCUCCUUAUCCUCAUCCUCGUCUUGUUUUCCGGCACUUUCUUAAUUUCCUCUUACUUCUCCUACAUCUUCCACUCACUCUCCCUCCUCCUCUCCCACUCCUCACCUCACUUCCUCCCCCCAGUCCCCUAUAUCCUCGGCUUCCUCCUCUUCUUCAUCUUCAUGGUUUUACUUGUUGAAUUCUGUUGUGGACCCCGCUCCAGGAAGUGUCAUAACCCUAAUUGUAAGGGCCUCAAGAAGGCUAUGGAAUUUGAUUUGCAACUUCAGACAGAUGAUUGUGUGAGAUCGGGUGUUGCCGACGACAUUGAUCGCUUGCCCUGGAAAGGUGGCUCCGAGUCUAAUCCUGAUUAUGAGUGUCUUCGGGCCGAGUUACGAAGGAUGGCCCCCACUAAUGGUCGGGCCGUUCUGUUGUUUCGAGCCCGGUGUGGCUGCCCCAUCGCUAAACUUGAAGGCUGGGGGCCUAAGCGCGGCAGAAAGCAUAAAAAGGCUAUUGCUAAUCUGGCUUCAAAUGGAGGAGAUAGUCGCUGACUAUUCCCGGUGGUUUUCUGGGUGGACUUCCCCUUAUAUAUUCCAUGUUUUUCACUAUUUAUUCUCCUUUCAGAUUUCAAAAUCUUUUCUCAACUUUUAGAAGAUUUCACUUUGAAUCAGAACAAUUAUCUAAUUCAAUUCCCUGUCUGGAUAAUUGUGUCUCAUUUCUGGAAAUAUAUACUAAAUUUAAUGAGAAUAAAUAUAUGAAAUGCGAAAUAGAUUAUUUGUUCGCUUGAAUAA